GCCGUUGACAGACCACCCGUUGCUGGCGACCACCCACUCGGCGGCAAUCGUUGCGCCAUCUCGACCGGGCGGGUCGCCCCAACAAUACGCCGCGGGGACCGGGCCAACAAGCCCUUUGGGAGACGACACACCCUUGAGCGAGAAGUUUGGACGGAUCGUCGCAGCCAGCACACGACAUGGGUCGUCGACACCCUCGCAGCAUCUAGCCAGCCCAGUGGCCUCAAGAUCGGCAUAUGCACCCUCGGUUGUGUCUCGGUCCACGAUGGGGUCGAAUCCACAAGCCAUCUCCGAGCUCGCUAUGAAUGUGGCCAAUCUCGUGCUCAGUCGCUUGGAGCCCAUGGUCCUCGAAACAAUGGCCUCGGUUCAAAAGCUAGAGUUCACCGUCAAGCUGAUGCAGAAAAAGAUCGACAGCCUCCUGGAAUCUGGUGGAAUCGCCAACACCAAGACAACCAUCCCAAUCCUGGACGAAUCCGACAUUACCAAAGGCAGGGCACUCUGCCCGCGGUGCGAAGGCCGGGGAUGGAGACACGAUUCCGGCGUCAAACACAGCCAAAAACAUGACCAGAGGUGUCCUGGCUGCUCGUCGUGCAGGGCCUGCUAUGGAGUCGGCGUGGUCACCAACAAGAAGCUUUGCCAGACUUGUCGCGCUCGCGGAUUCGUCCAUUUGAACAUCGAAAGGAGUCACGACGCUUCGCCCAGUCUCCGCUGCGGUUUUUGCGUCGACUGCCCCGACUGCGACUCGGUUGGAGUAGUUGACCAAGAUUGUCCGCUGGUGUCACUCCGGGUAAAGGCCGGCCAACAGCGAUCUACUGGCAAGGCGGGAUCGAUAUCCGAGAUGGGAGGAAGUAUGGAUUUUGUCGGGGCACUGUUGUGCCCUCGAUGCGCAGGCAAGGGCUGGAGUCAUGAGUCCGGAGGGAAGCACGAUACUCAAAGCAACACAAAGUGUAGUCUCUGUCGAGAUUGCAUCGCUUGUGCCGGGAGUGGCAUCGUAUCCAACAAGCGGGCAUGUCCUGUGUGCCAUGCACGAGGAUUCGUUCACGAAUCAACCCGAGACGCACACACCACGGUCGAGUCCCUACAGUGCCCGCAUUGCAUUCCAUGUGGUCACUGCUCGAGUCUAGGAGUCGUCGAUGUCGAUACGACCCUGAUCAAGUGCAUCCGAACCAGCCAGACGAGCGACCCGCUGCAUUCACAGCGCGCAAUGUGCCUGAACUGUCAAGGUCGCGGAUGGAAGCAUGAAAACAAAGCAGCACACAGCAAAACGCCGAGCAUACGAUGCAAGCUCUGUUCCGAAUGCAGCGUUUGCAACGGCACCGGCGUCGUUACAGCAAAGAAAAACUGCCGCGAGUGCCAAGGUCUCGGCUUCCUCCACCCAAGCCAGGCGCAAGUGUCGCAUCCAGCCGAUUCGAAAGCCAGAUGUUCGGGAUGCGUGGAUUGCGUCGCCUGCAACGGUGUGGGUGCCACCUCGACAAGCACUGUGGCCUCCGCUCGAACAAUAUGAAUGGCAUCGACACAAGACAGGAGGAUAUGCCAAAUCAAGCACCAGCAAUAUCAAAGAGCAAUCCGACUGGCGCAAGUGCUAGCAAGUGCUAGCAAGCGACAGCGACGCUGCGACAGGGCUCAUCAACCGAAACAGGAGAUUGAGCCAGAGGCGAGCAGCCACAGGUUUCUGAAUCACAAAGGCACAUUCCCUGUCGCUGAUCGGGUCGGUGCACAAUCAUGUCGCACCUUGAUUGCGGCGAUGAAGUGGUGCGCUCUCAUGGACGAGCCACCCGAAUACACGCAG